UCACACAGCCUCCUCCCAAUUCUCAUUUAUCCUUUGUUUCCUUUUGCCUUUAUAUCUCUCUUUUGCAUCGAUGGCUUCUGCAGAUGUUGAGUAUCGUUGCUUUGUCGGUGGGCUCGCAUGGGCUACCGACAACGAUGCCCUUGGCCAGGCCUUUGCUCCUUUCGGCGAUGUUAUUGAAUCGAAGAUUAUCAACGAUCGCGAGACCGGAAGGUCCAGAGGGUUCGGAUUCGUGACGUUCUCCUCAGAGCAGUCCAUGAGGGAUGCGAUCGAAGGCAUGAACGGUCAGAGCCUUGAUGGUCGGAACAUUACGGUGAACGAAGCUCAGUCUCGUGGAAGAGGCGGCGGCGGCGGCGGCGGCGGAUACGGCGGUGGGAGUGGGUAUAGCCGCGGUGGAGGCGGAUACGGAGGCGGCGGGUACGGAGGCGGCGGACGCCGCGAGGGUGGAUACUACAAGAGUGGUGGAGGAUACGGCGGCGGCGGCGGUUAUGGUGAUCGUGGCUCUCGCUACUCUCGUGGGGGUGGUGAGUCCUAUGGAAACUGGAGGGAUUAAGUAGAUUGAUCGGUGUAGGGUAGAUUUAGAAUAAUGAGUUUUUAUGGUGUUAGAUAGGCCUUUCUGGGUCUGGGAUUUACUGUACUUUGGCGAUGAAAGUGUGAUGGUUUCUGUUAUGGUUCUGUUUCGUGUCAUUCAGGCUUCGUACUUUGUAAUCAAUCAACUAUAGUUGAAGAAUUUCUAUUUUGUCCAUCCUUUAUUCUUCAAAUGAUGGAAUCUGUAAUGGCGUGAUUGCA